CAACAAUCAGCUCGAAUUUGCGCUAAACGGAAGUCCAACCUUUUGGUAUAAAUUCAUUUCCGCCUCCACCAAAAGUCCUUUCCUGUCUAUGGCCUAUUGAAAGAUGGCGGUGCAAAUCUCCAAGAAGAGGAAGUUCGUCUCCGACGGGAUCUUCAAGGCCGAGCUGAACGAGUUCCUGACCCGCGAGCUCGCCGAGGAUGGCUACUCCGGUGUGGAGGUGCGCGUCACCCCAACCCGCACAGAGAUCAUCAUCCUGGCCACAAGGACCCAGAAUGUGCUCGGGGAGAAGGGCCGUCGCAUCAGAGAGCUGACCGCUGUGGUCCAGAAGCGGUUUGGCUUCCCAGAGGGCAGUGUGGAGCUCUACGCUGAGAAGGUGGCAACCCGUGGUCUGUGCGCCAUCGCCCAGGCAGAGUCUCUGCGCUACAAGCUGCUGGGAGGUCUGGCCGUGCGUAGGGCGUGCUACGGCGUGCUGCGCUUCAUCAUGGAGAGCGGCGCCAAGGGCUGCGAGGUGGUGGUGUCCGGCAAGCUGAGGGGUCAGAGGGCCAAGUCCAUGAAGUUCGUGGACGGUCUGAUGAUCCACAGCGGAGACCCCGUCAACUACUACGUUGACACCGCCGUCCGCCACGUCCUGCUCAGACAGGGCGUGCUGGGCAUCAAGGUCAAGAUCAUGCUGCCCUGGGACCCCACCGGUAAGAUCGGGCCCAAGAAGCCCCUCCCCGACCACGUGAGCAUCGUCGAGCCCAAGGACGAGCCCCUACCCACCACACCCACCUCGGAGCAGAAGGGAGCCAAGCCUGAUGCCCCCGUCAUGCCCCAGGGAGGACCACCUCCACCCACCGCGUAGAAGGGUUCUCCCUUCUCCCGAUGGAAUCAAGACCCUGAGAUUUUUGUGUACAAAAAAACAAUAAAAUCUGGAAAUACAACAA